AUGGCAACCCCUCCCAGAGAUGAGGAGCCCGAGAAAACCGGCAAGCCCAACAAGGGGAAGUUCUUUUUCACAGACGUUGGGGAUUCAGAUGAAGACGAGAUGCAAGGCUUUUUGGUUCUUAAAAAGGCGAUUUAUGACGACACUCAACAGGAAGACAUCAUUGACCAAACAAUCCGCCAGGAGCUUGAGAAGAGUCAGAAUUCGAGUCUUGGGGCAAGCGACCACGCGCGAACAGGUCUUCAAUCACCCGAUGAAGAGUUCAGCGAGCUGUUCGUCUCUCCCAACGAAGAGUGCCAAGUCGACAACUCACCUUCUGAACCUCAGCUUCAUGUCGAGGCGGACCCGAUAUCUGAUGACGACUUCAUGAUCAUUGACGCCACUGAAGCCUCUGCCGAUGCACAAGAGAGAUGGGCUGUGCCCCGUCACUUUCAUGCCGAUCUUACCAACGUCAAGCAGGAGCCACAGACAGAAACUAAGUUGCCAGAAAGCCCGCAGGUCAAGCGUUCAACAUCAGAGGAAAUUUCAAUUGCAGCCGUGCCUCGUCACAAUCAGGAUGAAGCUGAAAUUGAAAAGCUCAACAAGGAAAGGGCAGAGCUAGCAGACAAAGCUUUGCGCGGUGCAUUGAGUCCAGAAGAGCUGUCCCAGUUGCUGCAGAUCACGGCGCAGCUGAACGGCGCCAAAGGCUCCAACAUUCCUCAUCAAGCUGACGAUGCUAAGCAGCCCAUCAACGAAAAAGCAAAGAAGCCACGAAAGGUCACAACCAAAGAGGAGUACUGGGCCAAGCAAGCAGAGAACGAGCGGAAGAAAAAGCAAGAGCUAAGAGAAAAUGGACGCAAGAGAACCGGAAAAAGCAAGACGGCGCAAACCAAGAAGGCCAAAACUUCAGUGACUUCCGCCAAACCUCAAGGCGAUGGCGCUUCAAGCGACGAAGAUGACCAAGAAGCCAUCGGGGAGAUAGAACGUCAGAUCGCCGAAAUGCUCCGACCUCUCGACGCCAUUCUGGAGCGAUCUCAACAGGGCGACCUACCAGCCGAGCCGGACAUCAGGGCCACCAGGAAGGAGGAUCAGCUGAGACAGAUGAGGAAUGCGGCUCCUGAGUACUUUGAAAAGGAACUUCUUGAGAAGCAGGAGAAGGAACUCCGAGACUCGACAAAGGCUUGGGGGCCUUGGGGCGUUCGACCAAAGAACGGGAAGUGGGAAGUCCGGCGGGUCUUGAUCAACCCCUUGCACAAUCACCAAAUCGUCGUCGGCGCCUGGAUGAUGGGUCGCGAAUUAAAGAACACACCAAGACUUCCUCGAGGCGGAAUACUCGCCGAUGCCAUGGGACUGGGCAAGACCAUUGAGACAUUGUCAUGCAUUUCGGGCAACCCAUCUUCAGACCGGCUCAAGGACAAAGGCCAAGGCGCAACACUGGUGGUCUGCCCAUCUCAGCAAAUGAUUGGUGUCUGGAUGUCCGAGGUUAACAAGCAUUGCGGAAAGCGGUUUGCGAGAGACAUGGUGCAGUACAAGCGCCAAAACAAGAUGAGUAUCGACCUUUUGGGGUCCUUCAACAUUGUUUUGGCAACCUACCACCAGGUUAGAGCCAGUAUUCCAUCGAUAAAAGAGCAACAAGAAAUGCAGAAAGAGCUGCUGGACACCGAGAAGUACAAUGAAUGGUUAGCUGAGAAUACUGGAGAUUUGCACCGCAUCAAAUGGUAUCGCGUUGUUCUGGAUGAAGCUCAUUCCAUUAAGAACCACUUGACACAUGAGUUCUUCUCUUACCUCAAAUUUAUUCGUUGCCACGGUAUUGACAAUUUCAAUGAUUACGUGAAGGAGUAUCACAACGGCAAAGCAGCUCGAACCAAGCACUGCAGGCUCAUCCAUCAAAUCAUGUACAGGAGAAUGAUGGAACGGUGCUUCAGACGCAGAAUCAAUCGAGACUUGCAAGAAGGCGACGGCUACGCAGAGAAACAAGUUCGAAGUUAUCUGACGAUCCUCCUUCGUCUUCGACAGGCUGCGACCCAUCCUUUCUUACUCGAAAGCAUGAUGAACGAAUACUUCACUCUCAGAGAUCUUCGCCUGACCAAAGAGAAGCUUGCGGAGUUGAAGGGCAAGAAGACAAUCUACGAGCAAAUUGGCUCCUGGAAUCAGCGCCACGAGAUGUCGAACGAACGGAUUAAGAAGGUUCUUAUAGCUUCUGCGAAACAGAGGGAGAAACAACGACGCAAGGAGGCUCGUUUUACGAGCUACGGAACUUUCGAAGAGGAUGACGAAGAGGCAUUCAUCGAUGAGGACUCUGGAUCAAAUGCCUCCCAGAAGAAACCUGGAAGGCGAUCCACCAAGAACGCCAAGGAUACGAAUGACGACUCGGACGAGGUUGACAGCCUGGAUGACACGGAUGAGGAUUCUGACGGUAUGGUCCCUGAAGAGUACCUGAGAGCGGCUGAUCCGACUCCUGCAUCAAAGCCUGUCCGUCCAGAGGUUCCCCCUCUUGACCCAUUUGGUCGAAGCGACUUUGGGCUGCACUUCGACAUGGACAAGCAGAUCGAGUACCUGGAGCGAAUGGAAGAGAUUGCAGAGGCUAGCUGCACAGUUUGCAAGGUUAACCCCCCAGUCAAUCCAGUCAAGGGUCAGUGCGGUUGCAUAUUCUGCACUCAAUGUUUGAUAGUACACACCACUACCAAGGGACGGAUUUGUCCUAGCUGCCGAAAGGUUGUUGGCAUACCAAAAUCUCUCGAAGCGUUCCACAGUGGUGACUCCGAUGAUGAGUCUGACCCGGCGCCUGAAGUCAAACGUCGCCAGAAGAUUAACGACAAGGACUACGAUUAUGGAUUCGAUCACAACGGCUUUCAGCAUUAUGAGGAUGAUAGAAAAGGCAAAAGACCCAUCCGAUUUCUGCAGAUCAGCGACAAAAAGACCAAUGCUCCCGUCACACCGAGCGGCAAGAUGGCGGCGUUGAAGGAAACUAUUCUCAGAUGGCAAGCGGAGGCUCCUCAAGACAAGAUCAUUGUCUUCAGUCAGUUCAACGUUGUCAUGAAGAUCAUAGGACGCAUGCUGGAAGGUGAAGAAAUCCCAUAUGCGUACCUCAGCGGCAAGCAGACAACCGAGCAGCGCGAGAAGUCUGUCAAAGACUUUCAGGAAGGCGACGUCGUCAAGGUCCUCAUUGUGUCGCUUCGUGCCGGCGGCCAAUGUCUGAAUCUUACUCGAGGUAACCGAGUCAUUCUCAUGGAGCUGUGGUGGAACCACGCCGUCGAGCAACAGGCCUUUUCGCGUGUCUUUCGAAUCGGACAGAUCAAGGAAACGCAUUUCGUGCGCUUCAUUGUUGAUACGCCCAUCGAAAAGCGCAUGCUUGCGAUGCAAGUCAACAAGAUCCUUCGAAUCGAUGCAGCACUUCAGGACGAAGGAGUCAGAACCCCCAAGGUCGGUCUUGAGGACAUUGCUAGGCUUCUGGGCAAGGUAGUUCACCGCAAUGGCGUCAUGCAAGUCGUCGCGGACUACUCAGAUAAUGAGGAUGAUGAAGAUGACCUUGACAUGCCUGGCUCCAGAGCUGCCAGACGUGCAGCUGCAGAGGAGGAAGACCUAUCCGAUUUUGUCGUUCAUGACGACGAGGUUGAGUUUGAAGUCAAUGACGAUGACGUGAUCGGUCUUUCAGAUGACGAGGAUGGAUCUGGCGGCUCCGACAAAGAGUAG